CCUGGACCUAUACUCGCCUUUUAUGAUGUUAGUACCUAUGAUACUCUCAGCCUUUUAAUUGUUUUACUACCUGAACCUUUCUUAAAAUCCAAACUGGGUGAAUUACACCCUCCUAACAACAAUGCGGCUGUGAUUUAUUCCAGAAUAAAUUCCGUUGCUAUGUUUUCAUCCUCGGGAAGCGGCAAGAAGCCGCCGUCCCAACAGGAAAUGAUUCAAGUCGACAGGUCAGAGUCGACCUCGCCGUUUUGGCGUGUCCAGAGAGAAGGCGCCGCAAAGAAGACAGGCCGGGACCCUAAUAUAGUAGUAGGAGCUUCUUAUUCACAUGCCGACAUGCUUAAAUUCGAUAAUUUGAAUCUCUCUGGCUCCUCCUCCCGACCGAGAUCUCCUCCAACUUCUUCGCCACAGAGAACUCGAACGAGCGAUGUUAGCUCGCCGCCACCAAAGCAUUCGUCUGGUCUAUCAUCGCCCCCACUGAAGUCUUAUUUUAGCUUCUUGUCGAAUACAAAUCAAGAUUGGGAUGUUGGAGACCCCGAAGUACCAAACGGAGAAGAUAUGCUUGGAUACGAAGAUGACGAUGGGGAUGACUUUGGCCUCCCAAGCUUGUCCAACAUGCAGCGACGGAGUCGACGAGCCGCAGCAGCUCAGACUGGUAGCUCUUCGCACGUCCAAUCAACACCUCUAGACGCGGCACUUAGCUUUUCGCAAAGACGUUAUUCAAAUAGUGCCGACAUAGCCAUAGAACGACCAACACCUACGUAUCCAAUGCCCAAGAAAAGCGAAGGGAAGAUUCUCAGACCACAAUAUAAAGAUAUUCUAAAAGACCCGGCCAAUGCUCUACAUCUUAUCGAUCACCCCACAGCCCCAGCCAAUGCGACACCCAAGGAAACAGACGCAAUUAAUUCUCGUAUAACAAAGAUCAACAAGUUCAAAAAGAUUCUUCAGGCCAGCACUAUACCGUUAACGGACCUUAGAGCUUUAGCAUGGGGUGGUGUUCCUGAAGAAGUCCGAGCUAUGACAUGGCAACUCUUGCUGAGCUAUUUGCCAACUAGUAGCGAAAGACGCGUUGCGACACUGGAACGGAAGCGGAAAGAAUACCUUGACGGAGUACGUCAAGCUUUCGAACGGGGCGGUACUAAUCCUGCUUCUAGUGGCCGGUCUAGAGGUCUUGAUGAAGUAAUAUGGCAUCAGAUUAGUAUUGAUGUUCCCAGGACGAACCCCCACAUCGAACUCUACAGUUAUGAGGCGACACAACGAUCGCUAGAACGGAUACUAUACCUCUGGGCAAUUCGCCAUCCCGCAAGCGGCUACGUACAGGGUAUUAACGACCUGGUAACUCCUUUCUGGCAGGUUUUCCUGGGCACUUACAUUACGGAUUGUAAUAUCGAAAGCGGCAUGGACCCGGGGCAAUUGCCCAAAGCAGUUCUCGAUGCGGUGGAAGCCGACUCUUUUUGGUGUCUAACGAAAUUACUCGACGGAAUCCAGGACCAUUAUAUCGUUGCCCAGCCUGGCAUUCAAAGACAAGUUGCUGCGCUUCGGGAUCUUACCGCUAGGAUCGAUGAAGGACUCGCAAAGCACCUUGAAAACGAGAACGUCGAGUUUAUUCAAUUUAGUUUCCGCUGGAUGAAUUGUCUCCUCAUGAGGGAGAUCAGCGUACGGAAUACUAUUCGGAUGUGGGAUACAUAUCUGGCCGAAGAACAAGGCUUCUCCGAAUUUCAUUUAUACGUGUGUGCGGCAUUCCUAGUGAAAUGGUCGUCCAAACUAGUAAAAAUGGAUUUCCAGGAAAUAAUGAUGUUCCUACAGGCAUUGCCCACUCGGGACUGGACCGAGAAAGACAUAGAACUUUUGCUUAGCGAAGCUUACAUUUGGCAAAGCCUAUUCAAAAAUUCCGCUGCUCACUUAAGGGGAGGUCCGAGUCGAGCCCCGACUAAUCUACAAUUAUAGUAGAACAAGCAGCCUCGCUGUAUAUAAGAACACGGAUCGUCACUAUAACUGGUCACUUUAUUAUUGGGCCCUCUAAGACUAAGGAGAGCGUUUAUCCGCCUCUCAAUAAUCACGUUUUGAUUGGGUAUAAGGCCCAAUAUUGACCGAUACUAAAGCUUGGCCGCUAGAAACAAAUACGAUUCGGGACAGUCCAUAACAUCCGUGGCUCCAAUGGGAGAAGUUACGGGUCGCUCGAAACACUUGGGGUCAACAGUAUAUCCGUGUUUGUGUUGAAAGGCCAACUUGUGGUAGUUAAGUGUUGGAGUGCUCUACUAGAGAACCCCGGUCCUCGACCUGCUCC